AAUUCAGAACCUACUAUUGACUGAAUAGGCUAGCAUAACAUAUAAUCGUGCGAUGUCAAGCGCACAGUCGUAUUUGUCAGAUUCGUGUGCUGUUCUUUUUUUUCAUGUGGAUUAAAUCAAGGAACCAUCACAGAGUGAUUGGCCGGAAAAUAGUCCAUUUUUGCGUUUUUUUCAAAUGGAUAGGAUGGAGGGAUCGGGAUGAUUUUUUUUACGAAUAAGACUAUUAUGAACAAUACAAAAAUAUAUUUUUUUAUUUGUUUCCAUUUAUCUUUUGCCGUUGUUAUUAUUCAUUUAAAAAACGCGUGUUAAAAAAAGGGGGCCAUUGGUGCCUACGAUUGCGGGUGUAGUUUGCGUCGAAAUUUAAAAAAAAACGAAUUGAUUAUUAAUCUGUAGGGAAGCCGCUAUGUUCCCAUGAAGGUAUUUUUAAUUUAAAAAAAAUGCCGGUAGUUUGAAUUAAAAGUACAAUUUUUAGCCCCUUUUUCCGACAGUUUUUUGUGUGAAAAAAUAUGAAGAUUACAAAAAAAACUUCAAUCAGAACAUAAAGAAUGAAAUAAAGAAUAUGCAAUAAAAAUUUGAAGCUGAUUGAUUGAUAACUCUCCCUCUGAAAGUUGACACCCUUAUUAAAAGAGGCAUUUCCAGAAAAACGCGUUUUAAGACCGUCCGUCCGGCGCCUGACGGCCCAAUCUCUUAUUCUAAGAAAGGUUGUAGGAAUCGUAAUAGAAUUUUAAUUUAUAAUUUGAGCGAACAUACACAACUGUAUGUAUUUUGAAAUGAAACCCAGAAAAACGAUUUUUCCAAAAUUUCAUACUACGAUGAUUAUUGUCGACGAUACUUAAAUUAUUGUCUGAAUAUGCUGAAUGAGUUAACUUUGCAAAAGUUUUAUAGUAAAUUCGGUAAUGGGCACGAUAUUUGUUCAAACGCUUCGACCUAAUUUUGCCGUUGAGUUAUAUAUGAACACUCUUAUUUUAUGAUUAAUUGAAACUGGGUGGAAAAUGAUGAUCAAAUAUUGAUAAAGAAAUAAAAAAAUGUAGCCCAAGCUUGUGAUACACGAUACGAAUAUUAUAAGUGGUUUAAACGAAGUUCAAGUAGCUCAAGUUAAUAACAUAGGUUUUACAAAUAGCCAAAUAGCAUCGCGCUUUCAUUGUCUCAUGAAUAAAUUAAGGGUAUGAAAAACUUAGUUAUAUACUCGUUGAUUAAUUACGGUACAUAAAGUUGGUGCACAAAGGUAUAUACAUCACCCACUCACUUACUGGUUGAAUGAUAGAGAAGAAGUUGAGAUGAAAAACGAGGAGCAGGUUUCAAUUCUUGGGCGAGUCACAAACAGGGACGCAUGAGAAGCACGAUCAAGACUUGUUGGAAACAACUUGUUACAUGUAUGGAGGGGUAAUCAUUACACACAUCGAUUAAUGGAAGUAGUAUUCAAAAUAUUGCACACAAAUGGCUAUCAAAACUAUGUAUAAAAUCAGUGUGAGCUUGAAAAAUAUGUGUUCAUUUUUUACUGCCGUUUCAAAGACUUGUGUUAGAAAAAGAUGUUGAGUUUAAUGACUUUGCAACAUGUUUCCUGGAAGUUUUUUUUAGUUAAUGCAUUUUGAAGUAUACACCAGGAGUUGAAAGUUACCAGGAUGUCAACGUUCUUUCCAGUGCGUGUGUGCACUUCGAUGAAAAGUUAAAACAAUUACUCCAUGAGGUUGUCCAUUUCCCUCCUUGCGUUGGUCAUAAAUCAUUAAUUCGACAGAGUUGGGGGCUCGUCGAGCAAGACGAUUGAACUCGUUCCACACGGUUGACUAUUUGUGUCAUUGGCCGAGGCUCACUUUACCAGACACUCCGUGUCAACUCAAGUACUACCCUACCAGCUAGUAGAGUUUGUGGAUGAGGUUGACGUAAAUGGCUUGCGAUCAAUUGAAUGUGUACUAAAUUCUUGGAUCACAUAUGACAUGGGACUUGGGUCAUGCGUUGUGCGGUAUAUGCUACCUUCUUACAAGAGAGAGGAUAAACGCCUGAUUCAAGAACUAAUUUUUAAAAAAAGCUGAGGCACCGGAAAGUUGGUCUGUGUUUCGAUUUGACUUGAAAGGAAACGCAAGAACACAUGCAGAGGGGUUGAAGCGGAUUAAACUGUCCAAUCAAGAAUUUGUCUACACAACCAUGUCGGAGGACAACGGAGUGAAACAAUCUCAAGCUAUAACCGAUGUACUGAAAAAGAAAAAGUGUGACCAGACCGAGGAAAUAAAAAAAUUAUUGAGCCAGUGAAAUUUGUCAGAUACAGAAGAGGACAACUCGAAUAAUGCUGAUUUGUAAUCUGCUUGCGACAGAAGUUCUUCAGACUCUGAUGCCAUUCCUGCCAAGUUUCGUGCAAGAAAUAAGAAAGUUUUUAACAAGCCUUUGGUUGAAGUUAGAACUGGACAAAAAAAUUUAACUGCUGCGCAAAAAAGUAUUGGUCACUCCAUCAACUCGUGACGGUGACAGUCUGCAGCAUAAUAAAAAUGAAAGGUCGCUUAUAGAAGGGAUCGAAAAUAUCGAGAACACUAUGCUUGAUGGGAAUGAUUUUACUUUUCGUUUACAACAGCAGAUUUUAUAGUUACGCUUUGAGGUUUGUUUCUUCGCAACCGUUUAAAGGGUAUCGCGGUAGUUACUUUUUGGCCAAUCCGGUGUCGUUAUUUCCCUCGCUACCUAUUUAGCUAAAAACAUCGAUCAUUUGCUCAUUUGUCUCAACUGAAUUCCAUCAGUAAUACGGCGGCAGUCAUUUGAGUUAUUACAUAUUUACCGUUCAUCGCGUUACCAAGGCAAGGAAGAGUUGAGAAAAAAAAUAAACAAGAAGAAAGAAAAGCAGAUAUGUCGGAAGAUGAAAUUUCUGAUUCGCAAUAUGCAAAUCCUGGAACUCCGCCCGAUUUGCAAAAAACCUACAAUGAAUCGAAAAGAAAUUUGCUUCCCACCAAAUCGGGGGACCUGUACACAAAGGCCUAUGAUAAUUUUGUUAAAUGGCAAAAAGACCGAAAAACUAAUUCGACAUCAGUUCGUGUGCUAUUGACAUACUUUAGUGAAAUGUCGGAGACGCGUGCACCAUCGACAUUGUGGAGUGAAUACAGCAAAUUAAAAAGUACCAUCAAAAUCCAUCAAGGAGUCGAUAUUGGCACCUACAGUGAACUAAUUGCAUUCCUGAAGAAAAAAUCCAAAGGAUAUGAGACGAAAAAAGCUCCUGCCCUUACUGGACUUCAUGUAGAGGACUUUUUGGUUAAUGCAGAUGACUCACGGUACUUGUUUGAAAAGGUAGCAUUGACCCUUGGAAUUUUGGGCGCUUGCAGAAGAGAAGAGUUGACAAAUAUGCGAACAGUUGAUUUAGAAAUUUUCUACUCAGAUAAAGACCGAGAGAAAAAAAUUCCCAUGAUGCUCAUUCAGAUUCCAUUCUCGAAAAAUGGAAAAGCCAGGUCCUUUGUGGUAAAAGAUGGAUUCUAUCAGAUCGUACAACGCUACAUCAAACUUCGUCCAAGCAAUGUUCCCCACCAACGGUUCUUCAUAAAUUACCAAAAUGGUAAAUGCACGAAGCAAGCUAUUGGUAUCAAUAAAAUGGGAAAAGUACCCUUCAUUAUUGCUCAGUUCUUGGGACUACCAAAUCCUGAACGUUAUACGAGUCAUACCAUUCGUCACACUGGAGCAUCCCUAUUUAUUGAGGGCGGGGGUAAUAUGGAAGAUUUAAAAAGGCUUGGUGGAUGGAAGAGCGAUACUGCAGCCUCAGGAUACAUCACUCACUCGAAAUCUAGUAAAGAAAAAAUCUGCGAAAAAAUCACAAGUGCAAUAAUUUUGCCUAGCACAAGUUUUGAAUCGAAACCAAGUGGAUCUUCACCCAGAACACUUCUUACGAAGGCUUCGAAUGGUUCUAACUCUGAACUGACUUCGUCUAGAUCAUCCCCAGUAGCACCACCCAUGGAGGCCAUUGCUGGCUCGAGCUCAAGAAAUAUAUCACUGGGGAAACAAAUAGUAUCAAGUGUAUCUGAUAAAGAGAACGUUGUACCGAUUGAACUUCAGACAGCUCGUCCGGGGAUCACGUUGAGCAUCAAUGAUUGCACGAAUUGCACCUUCCAUAUCGAGGAAAAAAAAAAUGCCUAAAAUCAAAUCAAUUUUAUUGCAUCCUCAAUUAUGUGGGAAUAUUUCAAAAACUAAGCAAGAUAGAGUAAUUGUUGAGGCAAAAUCACCCUAUCUCGUUUCGCUUCCAAGUUAUUCUCAAAAAAAUUGGUAAUGUAAUAAAAUCGAUUUAUCUGAAAAUAUCAGAUUUUUCAUGAAUAAAGAGUUUAUUUUACUUUUAUUUUAGGA